AUGCCACAACAAGACUUCUUUAACAUCUCCUCGCAACAAACCUUCCAAUUGGAGGACCAGUACUCUGCUCACAACUACCAUCCCUUGCCCGUGGUCUUCCACAAGGCACAGGGUGUCCAUGUCUGGGAUCCUGAAGGAAAAGAAUAUCUCGACUUUCUUUCAGCCUACUCUGCAGUCAACCAGGGUCACUGCCAUCCUCACAUCAUCGCUGCUCUGGUCGACCAGGCCUCUAAAUUGACUUUGUCAUCACGUGCAUUCUCGAACGACGUGUAUGCUCGUUUUGCAGAGUUUGUGACGCAAUACUUCCAUUACGACAUGGUAUUGCCCAUGAAUACCGGUGCUGAGGCAGUAGAAACCGCAUUGAAGUUGGCAAGAAGAUGGGGGUACGAAAAGAAGGGGAUUGAACCAGGACAUGCUGUCAUUUUGGGUGCCAAGGGUAAUUUCCAUGGAAGAACUUUUGGUGCCAUUUCGUUGUCCACUGAUGAAGAAGAUUCAAGAAAGAAUUUUGGUCCCUUUUUACAUAAUACAACUUCACAAUGGAAGGGAGACAUGAUUAGAUAUGGGGUCGUAGAGGACUUACAAAAGGCGUUCGAAUCUCAUGGAGAUACCAUCGCCGCAGUGAUCUUGGAACCUAUUCAAGGUGAAGCUGGUAUUGUUGUACCACCUAUGGAUUAUUUCCCCAAAGUACAACAGUUGUGUAAGAAGCAUAACGUGUUAUUGAUCUGCGAUGAAAUUCAAACAGGUAUCGGUAGAACAGGUAAAUUGUUGUGUUUUGAACACUACACUGAUGUGAAACCAGAUAUCUUACUAUUGGGGAAAGCUCUAUCUGGUGGUGUUUUACCUGUUUCAUGUGUUCUCUCCUCCAAGGAUAUCAUGCUUUGUUUCACUCCUGGAUCUCACGGAUCCACUUUUGGGGGGAACCCAAUGGCUUCCCGUGUUGCCAUAGCUGCCUUAGAGGUCGUCAGAGAUGAAAAAUUAGUGGAGAGAGCCGCUACUUUGGGUGAAUUGCUAAACAAUGAAUUAUUGAAAUUGCAAAAGGAAUCUGGCGGAAUCAUUUCAGAAGUGAGAGGUUUGGGGUUAUUAACUGCCAUAGUGAUCGAUCCAAAAUUGGCUAAUGGAAGGACCGCUUGGGAUUUGUGUUUAUUGAUGAAGGAUCACGGUGUUUUGGCUAAACCAACCCAUAACCACAUCAUAAGAUUAGCUCCACCAUUGGUCAUCUCCAAGGAAGACUUGUUGAAGGGUGUAGAUGUAAUUAAACAAUGUUUGAAAUUGUUACCCAAUGCUCCCAUAGCAGAAAAUCAUUAA